UCUUGGCAACGGAAGUUGAACAUUGUUGUUGCUGCCAAGAACUUCCUUGACCGAAGCUAACGUUAACCAGCUGAAUCCAAACAGUUUUGAAGUAAAAUGUCGUCCUGUUGCGUGCCUGGGUGUAAAAAUCGACAUUCCUCAACGAGCAAACUGAAAUUUUACAGAAUACCGUCUGGAUCUCGGCCGUUUCAGGCCAACCGGAGACGUUUAUGGCUACAAGCAAUCCAACAAGCGAACGGCAGCACCGAGGUGCUCAAAGGAAAUGCUCGUAUUUGUGGCGCUCAUUUUAAGUCACAGGAAGCGUCCAUGGACCACGACAGUCCAGACUUUGUGCCUUCUUUGUUUACAUACGCUAAACAGACCCCCAAGAAAAAAGUGAAAAGUUUUGUUCAAAGGUUUUACGGUCGUAGAAAAAGGCGACGCCGUACAGACAAAACGGCUGAAACCGAGGAAAAAACAACUCCACCCAGAGUUGAUUCUCCUGUGGACCUCCAGUCCUCUGUUUUGAUGGGGGAAAUACAGACACCAUCAGUGCCAAAGGAAGGAGAAACCUUAACUAAAGAGGCUGAGACUGAAAGUGAAACCACAACAAUCAAAUCAAAAACACCCAGCCCAAACAAGACAUCACCAUCAUUUAAAGUACCACCAGGCAUCCUACAUCUUGACAAAAGGAGUCCCAUUGUGUGCCUAAAACAUGUAUUUGUACCAGCAGGUGGGUAUCAGUGUGAGCAGUGCAAUCAGUACUUCACCAAUGUACCGCAGCUUAUGAAACACAAACGGGAGCAUGAAGAAGAAAGCUCCUUUAUCUGCGACAUUUGUGAAAAGCAUUUCACAAGUCAGGCAGAUUUUACGGCGCACCAGUGUGUCCGCGAGCCUUCCUUUCCGUGCAACGUGUGUGAUCGAUCUUUCACUACAAGCCAUAACCUCAAGCGUCAUAAACUGCUGCAUGUCAAAGAUGGCAGGAAGUGCGCCAAGUGUGGCGUACUGUUCUGCCAGCGUCAUAACCACAUUUUAUUCCUGCCGUUGGCUGAGUCUGUAACCGAGUAUGAAGAGGAUUCCACCAAUAUCAAGCGUCGACAUUUCGACAGUAAGUUGAUGCCAGAAAGCCAGCUGGAGAAGCCUGAGCCAAGCCAGACUGCUGACCUGAUCUCUAUACCAUUGUUUCUAAAACCUUCCUCUGUGUCACGUCUACCUCCGCCAGUUCCCAGGCUCUCAAGGAACCUGCACAACUAUCCUGCAACCUCCGUUCAGCCCCUUCCCCCCCAACAUCCAGAACUACCCCCCGCACUAAAGCUCUUUUCACCACAGUACCUCACCUCAGCAUUACUUGAGGUUAAAAGAAAUUAUGAAUAUAUUUUAAGCAAACCAAGUGAUUGUAAGAAGAAGAAUAUUGUGAAGGAGGAACAAUCCUCUGAUUUCUCCAGUUGAGCAAAGCGUUGAGCACAUCAAAAAGGAAAGAAUUGCUUACGACCUGGAGAUUGUGCUCUGAUCUAAAUAGUUUGACCUCAUAUGUCAAACUAGCACGUUUGCCUCAGCUGUAAUGUUUCACAUUUCCUUACUACUUAUACCAAUAUCAUCAUGAAGCUAAUAGCACAUUCUGUAAAAACAAACCCAUUAUUUAUAUAUAUACUUUAUAUAUAUAUAUAUAUAUAUAUAUAUAUAUAUAUAUAUAUAUAUACAUACAUACAUACAUACAUACAUACAUACAUACAUACUGUGAAUGUAUUGCUGCACACUUCUCUUCAAUGUCUAUUUUCUUUGGUUGGUAGGCAUAAUCUGGUUCAGCACAUCGAUAUUUUUUUAUGCAAGUGACUGAACUCGUAAUGCUGCUAUUUUAUAGUCAUAAUCAUUUGUUUUACCACUGUUGUUUGGUUAAUAACACUGUUCUGUAAGUAAGCAGAAUCUGUUACUGAUUGUGAAACUGCACCAGGUAGCAUUUGGACUGCAGACUAUAUUCUGUACAUUUAUAACCAGUUUGUUAGUCUGUGGGCAAAUGCACAUUGCUAUUGAUAUCAUGGAUCUCGUUAUCUAGCAUCAUAUUUGACAAGAAUUGCCAUUUAAUUCAGUUUUCUCAUCUACCUCAGCUACUGAGAAACCACAUAGACAUAUUGUCUGUUGUUUUAUAUAUAGAAAUGUAUUUGCACAUAAAGUUAUGUUUUUUUUUUAAGACGUGUAUGUAAAUUUGGGAUAAACAAGUAGGCUAUUACAUUUUUGAGUUUGCUUGUAUGAACUAAAAUCUGAAAGUGACUGAAAGCAAGGCAUAUUGAUAGAGGAAACUGCUGUUUAGAGACUUGUUUUUGCCAUAAAAGCAAGAACCUAACCUGCUAAACUGUAAGUGAGAGAGACAUAUUUCCCUAGCUGCUGCAGGGCUGCUGGUCUGUAGCUGACACUGACCCCCAAGGCUCUGUGAACGGAGACAAGUUAAACAUUUAGCAUUAUAUUCACAUUACUGGAUACAACACACUCACUGACUCUGAAGCUACAGGUUUUAAAACGGUUGUUAACACAGCAGCUUGCUGGAAGUCCUGUUUUUGUGUACAUUUUUUAAAUGAACUUCAUAUUAGUUUAAGUCACUACAGUCACUAUAUGACAAUUUUAUACCAAAACAUGUUUUCUUUGCCUCAUGCCAUGACUACUGUCAUAGCGUUUGGGCCUUGUAACACUGACAUUAAAAACUCUCAAUUAAAACCAAA